AUGUUUCCAUCAUUUAACACUCGGCUGUCAUUUGCACUGAUAUCAGCAGGUAUUGUCACGGCUCAAUACCAGUACGGCACCUGCACGGCAAACGAACAGAAUGGCGUGUGCAUAUCGACAGGCGAAUGCGGCGGCAGUAGCACAGCUGGUCUUUGCCCUGGCCCUUCCAACAUCCAAUGCUGUACCUACGGCCGCUUCAAUAACGCUGGCGUAGCCGGAACUUGCGAGUCCAGGUCGACCUGCUCCGGAACUACCUAUUCGGGCCUUUGUCCGGGCUCAUCAGGUACGUGA